GACGCAAGUUCUGUGCGUCCCCAGGAUGGCCGGGCUAUGGCGGCGGGCACAGGCUACGUGCGGCUGUGGGGCGCUGCGCGAUGUUGGGCGCUGCGGCGGCCACUGUUGGCCCCCGCCGGGGGGCGGGGUCCGACUGCCGCCGGAGUGUGGUUACCCAGAGGCCGGCGGGCCUGCGACGCCUCGCCUCCCUGGGCGCUGUGGGGCCGAGGCCCCGUGGCCGCGGGCCAGUGGCGGGGACUUUGGGAGGCGAACAGCCGCGGCGGCGGUGGCGCAUUCUCCGGCGGCGAGGAUGCCUCCGAGGGCGGCGCGGAGGAUGGAGCCGCGGGCUCGGGGGCCAGCGCGGGGGGCGGGGAAGGCCCGAUCAUAACGGCGCUGACUCCUAUGACGAUUCCAGAGGUAUUCCCGCACUUGCCGCUCAUCGCCGUCACCCGCAACCCGGUGUUUCCGCGCUUCAUCAAGAUUAUCGAGGUUAAAAAUAAGAAGUUGGUUGAGCUGCUGAGAAGGAAAGUCCGUCUUGCCCAGCCAUACGCCGGUGUCUUUCUGAAGAGGGAUGACAACAAUGAGUCUGACGUGGUUGAGAGUCUGGAUGAGGUCUACCACACGGGGACGUUUGUCCAGAUCCACGAGAUGCAAGACCUUGGGGACAAGCUGCGCAUGAUCGUCAUGGGACACAGAAGGAUUCACAUCCACAGACAGCUGGAGGUGGAGCCCGAGGAGGCUGAAGCCGAAAACAAGCAGAAUCCCCGCAGGAAGACGAAGCGGGGCAAGAAGGCGGAGGAGGAGCUGAGCGGUGGGCACCACGUAGAGGUGAUGACAGAACUUUCUUCGGGGCCCCCCAGCGAGGUGCUCAUGGUGGAGGUGGAGAAUGUUGUCCACGAGGACUUCCAGGUCACGGAAGAAGUGAAAGCCCUGACCGCUGAGAUUGUGAAGACCAUCCGGGACAUCAUUGCCUUGAACCCGCUCUACAGAGAGUCUGUGCUGCAGAUGAUGCAGGCCGGCCAGAGGGUGGUAGACAACCCCAUCUACUUGAGCGACAUGGGCGCUGCGCUGACCGGAGCUGAGUCCCACGAGCUGCAGGACGUCCUGGAGGAGACCAACAUUCCCAAGCGACUGUACAAGGCCCUCUCCCUCCUCAAGAAGGAGUUUGAGCUCAGCAAGCUGCAGCAGCGCCUGGGGCGCGAGGUGGAGGAGAAGAUCAAGCAGACGCACCGCAAGUACCUCCUGCAGGAGCAGCUGAAGAUCAUCAAGAAGGAGCUGGGCCUGGAGAAGGAGGACAAGGACGCCAUUGAGGAGAAGUUCCGCGAGCGGCUCAAGGAGCUCGUGGUCCCCAAGCACGUCAUGGACGUAGUGGAUGAGGAGCUGAGCAAGCUGGGCCUGCUGGACAACCACUCCUCCGAGUUCAAUGUCACUCGUAACUAUCUGGAUUGGCUGACGUCCAUCCCGUGGGGCAAGUACAGCGAUGAGAAUCUGGACUUGGCCCGGGCCCAGGCGGUGCUGGAGGAGGACCACUAUGGGAUGGAGGAUGUCAAGAAGCGCAUCCUGGAGUUCAUCGCUGUCAGCCAGCUCCGAGGCUCCACCCAGGGCAAGAUCCUCUGCUUCUACGGCCCCCCUGGCGUGGGCAAGACCAGCAUCGCCCGCUCCAUCGCCCGCGCCCUGAACCGCGAGUACUUCCGCUUCAGCGUCGGGGGCAUGACGGACGUGGCUGAGAUCAAAGGGCACAGGAGGACGUACGUGGGUGCUAUGCCAGGAAAGAUCAUCCAAUGCCUGAAGAAAACCAAGACGGAGAACCCUCUGAUCCUGAUAGAUGAGGUGGACAAGAUAGGCCGGGGCUACCAGGGGGACCCCUCGUCAGCACUGCUUGAGCUGCUGGACCCCGAGCAGAAUGCCAACUUUCUGGAUCACUACCUGGACGUGCCCGUGGACCUGUCCAAGGUGCUGUUCAUCUGCACGGCCAAUGUCACUGAGACCAUCCCAGAGCCGCUGAGGGACCGGAUGGAGAUGAUCAACGUGUCUGGCUACGUGGCCCAGGAGAAGCUCGCCAUCGCAGAGUUCAUUAUAGAGGAUCCAACCGGGGAACAGCUGGAACAGCCGCGUCAAGCCCGGCAGGGGCAGGGGCAGGGGCUUCUGGGCGGUCCUUGGGCACCCCCCUCCCAGCGCCUCCCGGCGGGUCCGCAUUCUCCUAGCUCCUCGGCCCAGGGUGUUUAUCGAGGCUUCAUUCUGUGUGCAUCGUUGAGUAAAUCAUUAGCCACCGUGACUGUCCCUCCAGCCCUCUCCUCUCCCUGGGGGUCGGGGCGAGGCCCUCAGACCCCCGCCCCAGGAGCCACCUCGCUGGCCCAGGCUCAGGUGUGGUGCCAAGGGGCUGUAUCGUAGGUCCCAGCAGCUGGCCCACUCACCCUGCCACUUGAAAACUCCAGGGUCUCGGGAGCUCGGGGGCCAGAGACCCACCCAGUACAGAUUUCUUCUACCCCACUCUCCCGGGCCCCGGCACAGGAACAAGGGGGAAAGAGCACAGUCUCUCCUGGGUGUUCCAGGCACGGGUAGCUGGUGCUCCGCUGGGGACUGUGCGUUCGGCCCUGAUAGUCCUCUCCGCCGUCAGUGCGCUGCUCCCUGUCCCCAGCACACCUGUCCCAGGGCCGGCACCCCUGCCGCCCGUCUUCCCACCAGCCGUGCGUCCUUGAGCUCUGUGACGGAACGAGUGUCCUAGGCCGAGGCUCACCCGGGAUUCAGGUCUCUGUGCAUUUCCUGGACGUUAUUGGUCUCCCCAGGCCGGGGGCUGGAUUCCUAUCCUGAAGAACGUUAAGCGGAGCAGAGAGCCAGAUUUCCUUCCAGAGAAAAGGGAAACUGUUUCUGACCCAGUGUUUCUAACUGGAAAGAGGUUGCGCACGUUUCUCCCUGAGCCCAUUGCAGCCUAUGGGUGCUGGGCCCCAGCCCUCGGGGCCUGACACCAGCCUCCUGUCUCCUGGGGUGGGAGGGGAGCCAGAGGAGCUCUUGGCUGAGGUAGUUACAGGGGUCCUGGGGCCUCCCCACCCGGCCAAGGAGGGGCAGGCUUGGGACCUGGGCAGGGGACUGCUUUUAAACCUUUAAAGGGAUGAUAAGAGAACAUGGACUCCCAGAGGCUUCGGGGCCACCCAUGUCGGUCAACAAACGUAUUGACGUGUAUGGUUGUGUCCCUCAUGUCUCAGCUGCUUUCUACCCCCCAGUUGGUGCUCAGGUCUGUCUGUCCCAGGACUGCUGUGUGGCAGGAGUCGGGCUGGGCUGUGGGGGACCUUGGGGCCUCUUGACCUCCACAUUCCUGUCUGCUCGGGGUGACAGCCGGUCAGUGUGAGUGGGGGGAGCCCAGGGAUCAGGGGAGACCUUCCUGGAGGAGUGGCAUCUCAGCUGACAUUUGGAGGAAGGGCAGGAAUGGAACCUGGGCAGAGGAUGCGGCAGGAGCAGGGGCCUGGGAGCUUCUGGAGGUGGUGGGCUGGGCAUCUGCGGGCUCACCGUGGGGUCCUGGCGCCCACCAUGCGCUCUGCCCAUACUCCCUCCUCCUCGCCUUGCUGGCUCCUUAUUCUCGGGUCAUCGCUUUGCUGUCACCUCCUGGGGCGGCCUUCCGCGAGCUCUCCCUGCUCCCCCCCCUCCCAGCACCCCCCCCCCCCCCCCGGGAUGAGAGCUUGUGCAGGCUGGUGCUGGGCCCGUCUCCAUCAUCUCUAGCCGGCCAGGGGUCUUGGGAAGGCUCAGUGGUGAGUGGGGGCCACAGGAGAGGCGCCGGUUCUUGACCCUGAGGCC